AUGGUCAAUGCAUGGUUUGCUGAGAGAGUUCACACCAUCCCUGUGUGCAAGGAAGGCGUCAGAGGCCACACGGAAGCUUGCUCUUGCCCCUCACAGCAGAGUCCCCAUGCAGAGAGCAGCGUCCCUGGAACACCAACCAGGAAAAUUUCCGCCUCCGAAUUUGAUCUGCCUCUUAGACCCAUUGUCGUCAAGGAUUCUGAGGGAACUGUGAGCUUCCUCUCUGACUCAGAAAAGGAGGAACAGAUGCCUCUAACCCCCCCAAGGUUUGAUAAUGAUGAAGGGGACCAGUGCUCAAGACUCUUGGAAUUAGUGAAAGAUAUUUCUAGUCACUUGGAUGUCACAGCCUUAUGUCACAAAAUUUUCUUGCACAUCCAUGGACUCAUCUCCGCUGACCGCUAUUCCCUGUUCCUUGUCUGUGAGGACAGCUGCAACGACAAGUUUCUUAUCAGCCGCCUCUUUGAUGUUGCAGAAGGUUCAACACUGGAAGAAGUUUCAAAUAACUGUAUCCGCUUAGAGUGGAACAAAGGCAUCGUGGGACAUGUGGCUGCUCUUGGUGAGCCCUUGAACAUCAAAGAUGCAUAUGAGGAUCCUCGGUUCAAUGCAGAAGUUGACCAAAUUACAGGCUACAAGACACAAAGUAUUCUUUGUAUGCCAAUUAAGAAUCAUAGGGAAGAGGAUUGGAGGGAAUGUGUCUAGUAUUUCGGCACAGUGUUUGCUUGGGUGUAAACUGGAGGCGAGGCCAUGCAGGCAAGCUGAGGCGGGAUUG